AUGAGACACGAAGGUCUUACAAAGGCGCAGAGCUCCCUCCUUUCCCAGGCCCGUAUCGGGGAUAUAGGCCUCCGGGACUACCUGUUCAGGGUGAAAGUCCCGGAGGUCCGUACCCCUUAUUGCGAGUGCGGGAAGGGGCAGGGAGACAGUGGAGCACUUGGUGGUUUGGUGCCCCGACCCGCCGUUACAAAGGCCGUGGGACGGCAGAGAGAUUCGGUCACAUCGGGACCUACAAACCGUAUUACAGGGGAGGGGCCGCUGACUUCCCCAAUGGUGUCGAGGACCCGGGGGGUCGGCUCAACGUCGUCUGGGGGUAGUGUCAACAGUAUACCGCCACCGCCAGCCCGACCUCCGCCUGCCCCGCCCAUCCUCUCCCAGGGUCGACGAACUCCCCGCAUACCGGAUGUCCUGAGCGGCAACUCUCUGCCCUUGCCUAGAGUCCGCCCUUCCCGUUCUCGCACAGCGAGUGCCACGGGGAGCUCUCGCCAGAAGCCGAGCAACUUGGCCCCCAUUGACGAAUGCCGUUUGAGCCACUCCCGGGAACUGACCCCGCCCCUGCCAAACCGGUCGCCAGUCUCAGCUCUGCCGUCAACUUUGCCCUCAGUUCUACCGUCGGCUCUACCCACGGCUCUGCCCCCGGCUCUUCCUCCAGCUCCGCCUGUAGUUGUACCCCCAGCUCCCUCCCCAGCUCCUAAAACCCAGCAAGAAGAGUGGCUCCAUGACUGGCAGCAGGAAGUUCCCUGCGAACUUGCGAAGUCAGUAGGGUGGCAGAACUCGCUCUACCCGUACGCCGUCGACCCCCUGUACGAUCCCCGGGCGCCCACGCCAACCUAUUCCAUGUUUCCGCCUCCCCGGUCUCUGCCCGUGUCGCCCAUGCCGCCGCCACGAUUUGUGUCCCCGUCCUUCUGCCACCCCAUCAGCCCGGAGCGCGUUUUCCUUCAGCGGGCUGGAGUUCUGGAUGCCGAUCACUCGCGUGUCAGUACUCAUGGCAGGCCCCCUCUCUUAUCAUCAUGCCACAACUGGGACCCCCCCAACCGCGCCCGCGCCCAUAACCUCGUCAACUCGGCUAGGCUCUACCCCGCCGGCCAGACCGGCCCAACAGUCGGUUCCGUGCCCCGGCCCCGGCCCCGGCUUCAGCCCACGACGGCAACAUCCAGUGCUAUGUCUAGCUCUGUCGCCGCCCCCUCGCCGUUCCUGUUGAAUCCGCUUGGCCCGACCUGGACCGCAACCUCGACUCCGACUCCGACUCUGACUCCGACUUUGGCUCAGGCCCAGGCUCGAGCCCCGGCCCCGGCUAUCAGAGACUCGACUAUGUUCUCGACUGGUCGGUUUACCUAUUACCCCGUGAUGAGCCCGUAUGAGGCCGAGGCGGCGCUGGGUUCUGGCGGUGUCAAUAUGGGUGUUUACCAGCGUGUUAAUUGUGCCGAGCAAGAAGAGCAAGAGGGUGGUCAGUCGGAGCAGCUGGAUUCUCGCAUGUUUCCGCUGCUGGAUCAUGACUUGAUGUCGGCUGAGCAGGCGUCAGCGGCGGUUGCUGCGGCUAGGGUGGUGCGGAAUACCAUCUUUAUUGAUCGAGGGUUUGAUAUAGAGGGUGUGAGCCGGGCUUCGUCUUAUUAUGGGGGGGACGAGGGUGAGGGUGGAUUGGAGGUUGUAGAAGCUGCGGAGACUAUGGAGGCUUCGGAAGAGGCAAGGGCCGCGGAGUGCAUCGUCAACCAGGCUUCGGUCUUUCAAUUUGCCACAAUCUCCAACACUGGUACUCGCAAAAAGGUUCCAUGCGGCGAAUCCAACAGGAUCCAUGUGACGAAUCCAACAGGAUCCAUGUGGCGAAUCCUACAGGGUCCAUGUGGCGAAUCCAACAUCUACAUCUCUUGGAGCGAGAAUUGCAUUAGCCUUUGA